AUGAUCAUCAUACCUUCACCUGCACGCAGCCAAGAUUGUGACCCAACAUCUUCAUCACACUUCUUUUCAUGUGAUCAACAUCUUAAUCAACAGAAUUAUUGCAAAACAUACGCUAUACUUGAAGCCAACAAUACAUAUCUUAACAUCCCACCUUCUGAACUUGCCGAAGCUAAUAACAACAUUUCGCCCGAUCACAAGUUUUUCACAGACAACAGGCCGAUUUUGAUCCCACUCGACUGUAAAUGCAACGAAAAAGCUCGAGUUUUUGAAGCAGAAAUCAAGAAGGCCACCGUUAAAGGCGAGAGCUUUUUCGAGAUUGCAGAGUCGUUGAAGGGCCUAACAACUUGCGAUGCCAUUAAGGAGAGAAACCCGGGUUUUUCGCCUUCUGAUGUUGCUGAAAAAUCGAAUAAUCUCUUAGUAAUCCCAUUGAAAUGUGCAUGCCCGAAUUAUUCUUCAGCUGAAUCACAAGAUUCCAGUCUUAUGCUGCUAUCUUACCCUGUGAAAGAAGGUGAUACACUCUUCCAAUUGUCUUCCACAUUCAACCUCACCCAAGAAAUCAUUAUUUCGACUCACACCAAAUACUCGAAAUCAGUUCACAAACCAGAAAACGGCAUUCUAUCACCAUUUUCGACCCUUUUGCUCCCACUGGAAUUGGAAAACAAGACCUUACCAAAUCCCCAAAUCAUCCCCACGCAAAACGUUCGCGACAAAAAUUCAAACAAGCGAGAAAGGCAGAAGAUGAGGGAAAUCGGGAUCUACAUAGCAAUCGCUUUGGCUGCACUCCUGGCUUGCGCCGCCAUUUUCGCCGCCGUCUUCUUCCUCCACAUCCGGAAGCGAAAAUCCGAGGAGCCCACGAUUAAGAACUCCGACCCGGAGCUCCGUCGACUGGGGCUGAGUGUGAGAACAACGAGCGACAAGAAAAUCUCGUUCGAGAGCUCCCAGUACAAUUUCGACGACACGACCACCACCCCUCACAAAACGGCGCCGUUCGAGACCUACGCCCUCGAGGAUCUCCACAGGGCCACCGAGGGUUUCAGCCCGAGCAACCUCAUCGGAGGCUCCGUCUUCCACGGCCGCCUCAAGGGCAAAAAUUUAGCGAUAAAACGGGUCGGGCCCGAUUUCAUCAAUGAGAUCGAGCGCCACGUGCUCGACGAAAGGCCCCACCAGCAUCCCCCGAACACGAUCCGGCUUCUCGGCACGUGCUCCGUCGCCGGCGGCCGGGACUCGUUCGUUGUCCUCGAAUACGCAGAGAACGGGUCCGUCAAGGACUGGAUUCACGGAGGGCUUGCAAUCAAGAGCCAUUUCAUCGAGUCCUGCAGCUGCUUUCUGAGUUGGAAUCAACGGCUGAGAAUCUGUCUCGACGUGGCGACGGCUUUGCAGUAUAUGCACCACGUGAUGAACCCUAGCUAUGUCCAUGGGAGCAUAAGGAGCCGCAACAUAUUUCUUGAUGGCGAAUUUGGGGCGAAAGUGGGUAAUCCAGGCAUGUCCAGGUGCAAUGAAUCUAAAGCAGAAGCAGAGGAUGAAGAAGCCUUAUCCCAAGAAAAAAUAUGGAAAAAAGGGUACUUGGCUCCCGAGUGUUUAUCGAAAGGCACGAUUUCGCCAGGUGUCGAUGUUUUCGCUUAUGGAGUGGUUUUGUUGGAGGUUUUGUCCGGGAAGCCUCCGGUGAGACGGGAUGGCGAGGGCAAAGACGGAAUUUUGAUAAAAUUGUCGGAUGAGAUUAAGCACGUGUUGGGAUCAGAUGGUGGGAAGGAUGAGUUGAGGGGGUGGGUUGAUGGUGCUUUGGGGGAGAAUUACUCGUUUGAUGCGGCUUUUAUGUUGGCUGGCCUCGCAAAAUCGUGCGUGGAGGAUGAUAUUGCUCUAAGGCCUAACGCUGGUGAGAUUGUCGAGAAAUUGUUGAGAUUGGUCGAGGAUUUGCCUGAGGGGAACGGGUUUGGCGCGUGCGAUAGUUCGUUUAGUCCGCUUGUUAAGACGGGUGGUAGACAGAUUUGA